CGGGGCGUGCCCGUCCCCUGAGGCCGCUACGCUGGCUGCGGGUCUGUUGUUCCUCCGCCGUGGGCAUGGCUGAGAAAGAAGGAAAUCAGGAGUUUGCUUCCAAGAUGGAGAGCCCAUCAGAUUCCUCAUCCACCAAGAUGGAGAUUCCAUCAGAUUCAGCAUCCGCCAAGAUGGAGAGCCCAUCAGAUUCUGCAUCCGCCAAGAUGGAGAGCCCAUCAGAUUCUGCAUCCGCCAAGAUGGAGAGCCCAUCAGAUUCUGCAUCCGCCAAGAUGGAGAGCCCAUCAGAUUCUGCAUCCGCCAAGAUGGAGAGCCCGUCAGAUUCUGCAUCCACCAAGAUGGAGAGCCCGUCAGAUUCAACAUCCUCCAAGAUGGAGAACCCAUCAGAUUGUGCAUCCACCAUGAUGGAGAGCCCAUCAAAUUCAACAUCCACCAAGAUGGAAAGCCCAUCAGAUUCCGCAUCCACCAAGAUGGAGAGCCCAUCAGAUUCCGCAUCCACCAAGAUGGAGAGCCCAUCAGAUUCUGCAUCCACCAAGAUGGAGAGUGCAUCAGAUUCAACAUUGACCAAGAUGGAGAUUUCAUCCGAUUCCUCAUCCACCAAGAUGGAGAGCGCGUCAGAUUCAGCAUCGACUUUACCUGACACUCUUGAGAAGAGGGAGACUCCACCAUCAUCCCAAACAAAUAGUUCAGGAAAACAACCUAUGAGUGGAACACUUAAAGAAAGGUUAAAGAAAACAAGGGCUUCGUCUCAUUCCUUUUGUAGCGUGGUGAAGCGACUUAAAGUGGAGAAGGAAGAAAACGACGAGGCCGUACCAGAGCCAGGAGUAUCUUCCAAAGAGAAAAGCUGCUCGGAGGUCCAAGAAAGUGUGAAACACAUAGACAGUGAAUCUGAAAAAGAUAGCUCGGAGAGUAAAAAUACAUGCAAAUCUAAGUCAGCUGAUACUGGGUCACCCAGUGCCCUCCAAAAUGAUUCCGUGAGUGAGAAUACUAAAGAAAAAUUAAGGGAAGAAAAAGCAAAAUUGACAAAGCAGGUUCAAGAGAAGGAAGAGCUUCUUCGGAGAUUAAAACUUGUCAAAAUGUAUAGAAUAAAGAAUAACCUGACUGAGUUAGAAAUGCUAAUAAAGAAGUGGAGGAGGUGCAGCCAGCGGUUGCUGUAUGAGCUACAGUCAGUUAUGUCUGAGGACGACGAGAAACUCAGCAUCACCGAGCUGAUCGACUACUAUGGGGUAGAUGAGAACGUUGUGCACUAUAAUAGAAGUGAAGAGGAAUUUACAGGGGUUUGAGAAGCGUGUGUUUGUUCGUUUUCUUCAGGCUUUUUUUUUCUCCCUUUUGGGGUGAUGGGAUCAUGCCCAGGGCCUCAAAUGUGCUCUGUUUCUGAGUAUAUUCUUGGUCCCCUAUGGAAUAUCUGUGAGAGUAUUAAUGUGAAAAGUUUAAGUGUUUUAAAGGGAGGAAAGAUGUAAGCUAUUGUGGCUUAGAGAAAGGUAACUUGAACAGUUUAGGAUAUUCUGAUACAUAAACAAAUUAUAAAAUGAAGCUUGGUAUUUUGGAUAUGUUUGGUAAAGAAAAUAUUUAAGUAUUAAAAAAUUAAAUGAUGUUUGAAAGGGAGUUUGGAUAAUUCUGGAAACCAGGUUUAAUACAUUGAUUUUGUGGCAAAAGGUUUUAUAAUCAGUGUUAAAAAGUAGUUUAUUGCAUGUCUAAACCUCACCUGGCUUAAAUGUAACCUGCCCCUUCUCAGUUUAUGAACCUUGUCUUCAGUUGCUUAAUAUAUCUUUUUGUCCGCUAAUCUAGCAAGUAAUUAAACAUAUAUCCACAAUUUU